UUCUACAAUUGGCCUGAUGAAUCCUUUGAAGAAAUGGAUAGUAAAUUAGCUGUUCAGCAGUAUAUUCAGCAAAACAUAAGGGCAGACUGUUCCAACAUUGAUAAGAUCCUUGAACCUCCUGAAGGCCAGGAUGAAGGUGUAUGGAAGUACGAACAUUUAAGACAAUUCUGCCUUGAGCUCAAUGGACUAGCUGUCAAGCUUCAGAGCGAAUGUCACCCAGACACAUGUACUCAGAUGACAGCAACUGAACAAUGGAUUUUUCUUUGUGCAGCUCAUAAAACUCCCAAAGAGUGUCCUGCUAUAGACUACACCAGACACACACUUGACGGAGCUGCAUGUCUUCUGAAUAGCAAUAAAUAUUUCCCCAGCAGGGUUAGCAUAAAGGAAUCCUCUGUAGCCAAAUUAGGAUCAGUGUGCCGAAGGAUUUACAGAAUAUUUUCACAUGCUUAUUUUCAUCACCGGCAGAUAUUUGAUGAAUAUGAAAAUGAAACUUUCUUGUGUCACCGGUUCACUAAAUUUGUGAUGAAGUAUAAUCUGAUGUCCAAGGAUAACCUGAUUGUACCAAUUUUGGAAGAAGAAGUGCAGAAUUCAGUGUCAGGGGAGAGUGAGGCAUGAUGGGAAUUGGCAGUACAGAAGCCUGUACUGAAUAUAAAGAGAACAUUAAUUAUGUACUGUAUAUAUCAUUUUAGACACUUCAAUCACGUAUCCUCAUAGCUUUGUUUAGUAUACUUUUGUAUGCUGUGUGCAUUGCCUUUUAAUAUGGGAAAUACUUUAAGUUAUUCAUGAGCUGUAUAUUCAUCAAUGUGGCACUCAUGGUUUUUAAAUAAAAGUAGUAGUAUCUGUUUAUAAUGCCUGUUAAUAAAAGAAUUUACAGUUCUCUAAAA